GAUUAUUUUUUUUCUUUUUCAUGUUACAGUUCAGUCGUGUAAUAUCAGGUGCAUGAAUGGAGGCAGUUGCGCUGAGGACUCCUGUUCCUGCCCGAAAGGCUUCACGGGAAAUCACUGUGGACAGCCUGUGUGUGAGAACGGCUGCCAGAAUGGUGGACGCUGCAUCGGCCCCAACAGAUGUGCCUGUGUGUAUGGCUUCACUGGUCCACAAUGCGAGAGAGAUUACAGGACCGGGCCGUGUUUCACGCAGGUGAACAACCAGUUGUGUCAGGGCCAGCUCAGUGGAAUCGUGUGCACCAAGACGCUAUGCUGCGCCACCAUUGGCCGAGCGUGGGGACACCCCUGCGAGCAGUGCCCCGCUCAGCCGCACCCAUGCAGACGCGGUUUCAUCCCCAACAUCCGCACCGGAGCUUGCCAAGAUGUGGAUGAGUGUCAAGCUGUACCGGGUCUUUGCGCUGGAGGUAACUGCAUCAACACUGUGGGAUCUUAUGAGUGCAAAUGUCCCGCCGGACACCGUCAGAGUGAAAAGAGCCACAAAUGCGAAGAUGUUGACGAGUGCAGCACCCUACCCGGCGUGUGCGAUGGCGGCGAGUGCACCAACACGGCCGGGAGUUACGUAUGCACCUGCCCGCGAGGUUACAUCUCCAGCACAGAUGGCUCAAGAUGCGUGGACCAGCGUGCGGGCACGUGUUUCUCUGCACUGGCUAACGGUAGAUGUGCUGCUGAGCUGACUGGCCAGUACACCAAAAUGCAAUGUUGCUGCGACACUGGCCGCUGUUGGGCUUUGGGACAGAUUCCGGAGAUGUGCCCUGUGAGGGGGUCUGACGAGUUCCGUCGUUUAUGUAUCGUGGGCGUUCCUCAGGGACAUGGCCUCCCUAACGGGUACCCCAACGGAUACUUCCCUAGCAACAAUGGCUACGGACCCAAGUUUCCCAGUAUUCCCAAUGGGAGCGGCGGCAAUGGCGGAGGCACUUUCGGAGGCAACGGCGGAAGCUUCGGGGGAAAUGGUGGGAGUUUCGGAGGGAACGGAGGCAGCUUUGGCGGCAAUGGGGGAAGCUUUGGAGGGAACGGAGGGGGACUGAUGACCCAUCACCAAAUAGGCACCGUCACUGUGAAUGACACUAUUGACAUCUGCAAGCACUUCACCAAUUUGUGUCUGAAUGGACGCUGUAUUCCCACACCCACAAGCUAUCGCUGUGAGUGCAACAUGGGCUACAAGCAGGAUGUACGUGGGGAAUGCAUUGAUGUUGAUGAAUGUGUGAGUAAUCCAUGCAUCAAUGGCGACUGCGUCAACACGCCGGGGUCAUAUCACUGCAAGUGUCAUGAUGGAUACCAGGGAACACCCACCAAGCAAGCUUGUAUUGAUAUUGACGAGUGCAUUGUCAAUGGGGUGAUGUGUCGCAAUGGACGCUGUGUCAACACCGAGGGAAGCUUCCAGUGUAUCUGCAAUGCUGGCUUUGAACUCACACCUGAUGGCAAGAACUGCAUUGAUCACGACGAAUGCGCCACCACCAACAUGUGUCUGAAUGGCAUGUGCAUCAAUGAGGACGGCAGCUUCAAGUGCAUCUGCAAGCCCGGCUUUGCCCUAGCACCAAAUGGACGCUACUGCACCGACAUCGAUGAGUGUCUGACGCCUGGAAUUUGCAUGAAUGGCCGCUGCAUCAACUCGGAGGGCUCCUUCCGCUGUGAGUGCCCACCAGGCCUGGCUAUCGAUGUAGAUGGGAGAGUGUGCGUGGACACGCACAUGAGGACCACCUGUUACGGAGCCAUAAAGAUGGGCACGUGCUCACGGCCCUUCCCAGGAGCGGUGACUAAAUCCGAGUGCUGUUGUGCCAAUCCCGAACAUGGAUUUGGAGAACCUUGCCACCCAUGUCCCUCUCGAAACUCAGCUGAGUUUCAGGCUGUGUGCAGCAGUGGUAUCGGCAUCACGGCUGAUGGUCGAGACAUCAAUGAGUGCGCCCUGGACCCGGAUAUUUGUCAGAACGGCAUUUGUGAGAAUCUGAGAGGAAGCUACCGCUGCAUCUGUAACAUCGGCUAUGAGUCAGACACCAGCGGCAAAAAUUGCGUUGACAUCAAUGAGUGUCUGGUCAACCGCCAGCUUUGUGACAAUGGCCUGUGCAGAAACACUCCUGGCUCGUAUACAUGUUCCUGCCCAAAAGGUUUUGUCUUCAAGCCAGACUCAGAGACAUGUGAAGAUAUCAACGAAUGCGAGUCCAGUCCAUGCAUCAAUGGGGUCUGUCGCAACGUGAUCGGGUCCUUCAACUGUGAGUGCACCCAUGGGAGCAAGCUGGACUCUACAAACACCAUCUGUGUGGGUAAGGCAUCCUUACCGCCAAACAUCAAUGAGUGUCUGGUCAACCGCCAGCUUUGUGACAAUGGCCUGUGCAGAAACACUCCUGGCUCGUAUACAUGUUCCUGCCCAAAAGGUUUUGUCUUCAAGCCAGACUCAGAGACAUGUGAAGAUAUCAACGAAUGCGAGUCCAGUCCAUGCAUCAAUGGGGUCUGUCGCAACGUGAUCGGGUCCUUCAACUGUGAGUGCACCCAUGGGAGCAAGCUGGACUCUACAAACACCAUCUGUGUGGGUAAGGCAUCCUUACCGCCAAGUGGUUCUACACGUUAA